GGGAGGCACACGCGGAGCAGCAGCAGCUCAUCAGGACUAAGAGAAACGCUUUUUACCCUCCUCUUUGUACAUCUUUAAAUUAAUUUUAUUCUUACAUUUGUUAUUUUAAUUUCUGAUGUUUCAUGUGUGAUGGCUAAUGUGUCAUGCGUCGGAGUUUUGAUUCUUAUCGUGGUGACAGCAUCCUUGGCAAACGGCUCAUCGUGGAACAAAGAUGUGAGCCAGAGGGAGGAGGUGGAAGGGAAGCUGAGCCCGCUCCUGCCCGGCGCUGGGGACCACCUUGCCGGUGAAGUGAAGCCCUGCUCUGCUUGUGACCCGCGGGUCCCCACGAGGCGUUCCAAGAGAUGCACGUGUUACACUUACAAGGACAAAGAGUGUGUGUAUUACUGCCACCUGGACAUCAUCUGGAUCAACACACCAGAGCACACUGUACCAUAUGGUAUGUCCAAUUACCAGGGAUCCCUGCGGGUGCGGCGCUCUGCUGGGACUGAGCAGGGGAGCAGGGCGGCGGCCGCCCAGCGCUGUGUCUGCACACAGCACACUGACUCUGACUGCAGCAGCUUCUGUAUGGACAGCAGGCAGAGGAGGUCACCCCGAGCAACGCCUGAAACAGACAAGAGGACAGCACCUCUGCACAGGGGGCCAAUGCUGAGAUGAACAUACAGUAAAGUGACAUGCUCACAACCUGAAAAGGUGGACAUAUGUUGUCUUUAAAUAAGGCACCCCCUUAUUUGGUGCCUUGCCAUCAGACUGAUGGAGGAAUGAUGUUGAAGCUGCUUGCACAAAAACUAAAAGGGUUACCAGCUCUCUCUGUCUGAGUCUGUUUUUCCACAUGUGUUUUCAUCCUGAGGAUGAUUUACAUGGCCCACUUGUGACUAGCAUGAAAGACUUUGGUGAAGCUCACACGUGUCCAUGCCGUAUGAUGAAGGCCACCACCUCAACCCUUACUGUUAAAGUAUCCCCAGACAAAGUGAUCUCACAGCCAUGUCUUCUCCACAGGGACUUCAUUCGUCACAGUCACGGGAACAACCAGUAUAUUAUGAAUCCUUAUGAAUGGAGUUAGUUUAAGCAGGAAUUCUUGAAAGCAUCUGAGUGAAUUACUUCACUUUGCUGUGAGAUUGUUGGAGGUAAAGGAACUUGUAUUAAACUGUAACUAAGUCUUAUAUGAAAUGUUUUUCAAGGCUAUAAAUUAUAUUUUCGUAAAAUACCUAUAUGUACUAUAAAGGUGUAUGAUAAGGUGUUGUAUAUAGAAUUAUACUGUAUGCUAAUCAACCAUCCUCCAAUUAAUUCCCCAACCAGCGGACCACCUGCACAGGAACGAUGUUGAGAGUGACAGUUAGAGCUGGUGGUUUGUUGUAAGUCGACCAUCUGGGCCUAUUGACAGUUUCCACAGAAAUGUGCCACCCAUUAUUCAGUUUCAAUCUGACAAAAGAAAGACAUCGCUUCCUUGAUUUAAUGUUUUAAAUAUUCGGAUGCGCAUCCGGCUUUAUUUAAGCAUAUUUAAAUGACCUCUUUCUCUUGCCCAAAAAGUCGCACUUGAACACACCACAACGACUGCAGCCAUCAUGCACGCAGUACUGCGCCUGCGUGAGUUGCAACAAGUCUCCACGCCAGCAGGCAGAGGAAGUCUGUAUUCGUCAUUCACACGAGGCAACCGGAAGACCUUAGACUACGUUUAUACAAACAAGAAAUAGUGUUUUCGUUCCAUUUCAUCGUGCUGAUCAGUUGGUCUUCAAUUGCGUCAUUCCAGAUGGCCAUGAUGCUGUAAAACAUUUGUAUUCAGAUAAGAGAAAAAGGGCUGUGUGUGCCCUCUUGACUUAAGUUAUUUGUUUGCUGAUCUCACUUCCGUUUCUCUUCUCGUGCACUGAUCCGCUGAAGCUGAAGUCGUGAACAGUGGUUUCUUUUGCCGACAGUUUUGGCCGCCGAUUCAACACGCUGAAUAGGGCGCGGACGAAAAAUGCCGACAGCGCGGGACAUAGGCUACUGCAAAAACAAGGCUGACAGACGCUCACUGACAGCUAGAUAUUAACCGACGGCCGAUAUCGGCUUGGUGUACCACGGCCUUACUUUGAUCAUAAGCUCCUUUUACAUCCACACUGAGUUCAUAUCAGGAGACACUGAAACGACCAGCUGCAGCCAAUAUCUGUCAGCAUACCAUGCUUAUUGCAUUACACCGUGCUGUCAGGCAAUGCUUACAAUCUAUCGAUCGAUAUCAUAGUAUCAAUACCAAUCAAGGACACAAGGAUAAACUAUCUAUUGAAACUACACUAUGCAUGCUGUGUGUAUAUUGAUGUCUCCAUGCCGAGUGAACUACAGUAUAGGUAGUGUGCAAACACGUGACAAAACUGUGUGACCUAUGCGUGCGACUCCAUGUUGGUUGGAUAACAAAUCAACAAUGGCGUCUAAAGCGAACAACAACAGCAAUACAAC